UGCAAGCAGCAGGAGCCUUCCUGCAAUGGCAGCCGCCUCAUGUAGAGGCGUUGACAUUCUGCGACCUCCACGCAGCAGCAUGGAGCUUCGUCCACCCUCCCAACGAACGCCGACUCCCGUUAUAAGCGUAGCAAGGCACGUCGAUCGGGCGCGUGCCAGGCAUGAAGCCCGUGACCUCGCCCGGCGAGCCGGGCCUCCUCCCCGCCGGCUCCCGGCGCCGCCGCCUGGCCGCGGUGCUCGUACCGCUGCUACUCUUCCUCGCCGCCGAGCUCGCCUCGCCCCGCCUCAUCCCCCCGCUCUCGUUGCUCGCGCCUCUUGACGACGCUUCUUCUUCCCCGCCUCCGCCGCCGCGUCGGGAGGAGCAGCCGCAGAGGGUGGCGGUGUGCCUGGUGGGCGGCGCCCGGCGGUUCGAGCUCACGGGCCCGUCCAUCGCGCGCCACGUCCUGGCGCAGCUCCCCGCAGGCGCCACCGACGUGUUCCUGCACAGCCCGCUCGACGCCGACGCAUACAAGCUCUCCGCCCUCGCGCGCGCCGCGCCGCCCGGAGUCUCGCUGGCCGCCGUGCGCGUGUUCCGGCCGCAGGCCAUCCGCGAGACAGUGGCGCGGGUGCGCACGCUCACCGCGCUCAACUCGCCCAGAGGCAUCCAGGGCCUGCUGCGGUAUUUCCAUCUGGUGGAGGGUUGCCUGGACAUGAUCCGCCAGCGCGAAUCUCGAGGCAACUUCACCUACUCCUGGAUCCUCCGCACGCGCGUCGACGGCUUCUGGUCCGCCCCGCUCGACCCCACCGACGCCUUCCACCCCGCCGCCUACGUCGUGCCCGAGGGCUCCCGCUUCGGCGGCCUCAACGACCGCCUCGGCGCCGGCUGCCGCGCCGACUCGGACGUCGCGCUCCCCCGCCUCUCUGCGCUCCCGCGCCUCGCCGCCGCGGGCUACCGCAACCUCAACUCAGAGUCCGCCUUCCGGGCGCAGCUCCGGGUGGCCCGCGUGCCGGCCCGGGAGCACCGGUUCCCGUUCUGCGUGCUCAGCGACCGGACCUAUUCGUUCCCGCCGUGGUACAGGUCCGCCGUGCCGGUGGCGUCGCUGGGGAGCCCGGGACCGCUCAGCGGGGCCAAGUGCCGGCCAUGCCGCCCCGCCUGCCGCGGCGGGUGCGUGGCGCGGUACGCGGCGCGGCUGCUCCGCUGGUGGAGCUGGACGGAGUGGCGGAACGGGACGCUGGAGCUUUGCGACGCGAGCGGGCCGUGGGAGCAAGGGUGGGAGGCGCUGUUCGACGAGGUCGCCGGCGCGGAGGCCGCGGCGGUCCGGCGGAGGGUGGCACGGAUGGGCGCGGAGGAGUGCGUGGCGGAGAUGGAGGCACUCAAGGCGCAAGCGGAGCGGUGGGACGCGCCGAGCCCCCCCGAGAUAUGCCGCCUCGGACGGCUCGGUGUCCGAUCGCCGACGGCGAGUCGCCCCGGCUCUUCAUCGUCGGACGGUAACACUACUGUUACAACAACAGAAGAGGAUGAAGAUGAAAGUUAGAGGCUCUGUAGCGUGUGGUUUAGUUUUUAGCCAUUCGAUGAUGAUUCUACGGAUGGAUGAGUCCACGGAUUAUAUGUUUUUUUUUCCACUUCCCUCCUAACAAACCUUUAGUAUACUUGGAA